CUAAAACUGGCGUUAGAGUCUUCACCGGAAAUCUGAGCAACUCUCACACCGGUACACCUGCGUAUUCUGUUAGAGCAAGCUCCUCUCGGCCCCUUCCUAAUCGGAAGUCCCGGUUUAUUAAAAUACGACAGUCGUAAACUGGGAUUUCCUGACGGCUUCCUAACUUUACGACGCCAACAACUAUGGCGGCUUCCAGUGGCAGAUUUGAAAGUGCGAAGAGUAUCGAAGAGCGUAAGGAGCAGACUCGAAUUGCCAGGGCUGAAGUGUUGCGUCAGGCCAAAGCCAAUUUUGAAAAAGAAGAAAGGUGGAAAGAACUUAAACGACUUCGAGGUGAGGAUACAUGGAUGUUACCUGAUGUGAAUGAGCAAAUUGAACAGUUCUCAAAGGAACAUUCUCUGAAGAAAAAGAAGAAAAAAGAAAAGCAUUCAAAAAAAGAAAAGAAAGAGAAGAAAAAAAAGAGCAAGAAACAGAAAUAUGAAAAAAGUGAAUCAACUGAUAGUUCAUCAAGCUCUGAGGAUGAGUGGGUGGAGGCUGUUCCAUCUCAGACUCCUGGCAAUGAAAAGGCCUGGAAAGCGAAAGAUGAAAAGUUAGAAAAAGAAGAUGACAGCCAAGCUAUUCAGAGGGAUGAGUGGAUGACUGUUGAUUUCUUGUCUGUUAAAACUGUGUCAUCAUCGUCACUUAAAGCUGAAAAGGAGAUGACAAGGAAAAUAGAGCGAGAAAAAAACCAAGCACUUGAACAGUGUAAACUACUUGAAAGGGAAUUGAAUCCAUAUUGGAAGGAUGGUGGGACAGGUCUGCCAUCAGAAGACUGCAGUGAAUCAUCAGUUAAAGUCUCAGGAAUAGAGGAUGGUGGAUUAAGCUGGCUAAGGAAAUCUUACCAAAGAAUGAAAGAACAAGCUGAAAAACAAAACAGAAAAUUUGAGGACAUUGUAGCUGAAAGAUAUGGGUCAAUGGAAAUAUUUCAGUUGAAAUUAGAAGAAGCUGAAAAAACUGCAUCCAAAAAUCAAGAUUAUAGACAAGAACGAUGGAGGAAACCAACAUAUUCAGAUAAAGUUCAAAAUAGUCAAGAAAAAAAAUUAGACUUAGUAAAAUAUAAUAAAAGUUCAAGAGUUAAGUAUGAUACAACAGAGAUUGCAAAUAGUAGCAAUAAUGAUAAAUUUAGUAGUAAUGAAAAAGAUAAGAGAGAUGGGUCUUUAGAAUCACAUAGAAGAGAAUUCAGUCCAAGGCAAAAUCAAGAGUUCACUACUCCAGGAAAUUUGAGACCUAAAUUCUUAAGACCAUCUGAUGAUGAUGAGCUGUCAUCUCAUAGCAAGGCUAGAAAUUUUGAGCCAUCUAGUUCAUCUACAUUAGUAGCUCAGGGUUCUUUGCAGUGUGGUUUCCAAAAGCCCAUGGAAAACAAUGAAGAAAGAUUAACAUCUUGGAGUCGAUCUGAUGGGAGAGGAGACAAGAAACAUUCAAGUAAAAAGCCACUGGACACCAGUAGCGGUGUUGACUCUCGACACAUUCCAGGAGACGUGGGAGAAAAAUUACCAGCUGAGAAUGUGAGAGAUGACCCUCCAAAGUCUACAUUUACUGGUCCAGAGGAUGAGUCCAUCCAUGUCCUGAGUGUUGAUGAGAAGAACAAGUUGGGAGCCAAGAUUAUUAAGGCAGAGAUGAUGGGGAAUAUGGAACUGGCUGUAAAACUUAAAGCCCAACUUGAAAAGGCUAAUAAAUUAAAAGAAACUGUAACACAGAUAUCAUCAAAAACAACAGGAGCAGAAGAGAAUGUAGACCAGCAGGAAGUGAUCCUUGUCAGAACAGAUGAGUCUGGAAGAGUGUGGCCUGUGAACACAACACAACCUCUGGAAUCAAAAACAGGAAGUAGGAAGAGACACAGGGUUUCUACCCAUGAGGAAAAGGAAAGAGUCAGAUACUUUCAUGAUGAUGAUCAUCUAAGCCUAAAUGAUUUAGUCAAAAAUGAAAAGAUGGGAACUGCAGAAAGUCAAAACAAACUUUUUAUGAGAAUGGCAUCUAAGUUUAUGGGGAAAGCAGAUGGGGACUAUUAUACUCUGGAUGACAUGUUUGUAUCCAAAGCAGCUGAGAGAGAACAUCUUGGUGAAGAAGAACAAAACCAGAGGAAAAAGGCUAUCGCUGAGCACCAGCGUCUUGCUGCACAAAUGGAAAAAUGUCUAUAUUGUUUUGACAGCUCUCAAUUUCCUAAGCACCUUAUUGUUGCAAUAGGUAUUAAGGUUUAUUUAUGUUUACCCAACUUCCAGUCUCUUUUUGAGGGGCACUGCCUAAUAGUUCCUUUGCAGCAUCAUCGAGCUGCUACCUUAUUGGAUGAAGACAUCUGGGAAGAAAUUCAGGUAACUUCCAGAAGCUUUUGGGGUUUUGUGGGCAACAAGGAUUCUUCCCUGCCAUUCCUGUUGAUCCAUCUUCCUCUUAUUAUGUUUAGGAAAUCAUUAGUAAAGAUGUUUGAAGAUAAAGGAUUGGACUGCAUCUUUUUAGAAACUAAUAUGAACAUGAAGAAACAGUAUCACAUGGUUUAUGAAUGUAUUCCUCUCCCAAAGGAAGUGGGUGAUAUGGCUCCUGUCUAUUUUAAGAAAGCCAUAAUGGAAUCUGAUGAAGAGUGGUCCAUGAACAAGAAAUUGAUUGAUCUUUCUUCAAAAGACAUCAGAAAGUCUGUACCCAGAGGCUUACCUUACUUCUCGGUGGACUUUGGCCUCCAGGGAGGAUUUGCCCAUGUCAUUGAAGAUCAGCACAAAUUCCCUCAUUAUUUUGGAAAGGAAAUCAUUGGUGGGAUGUUGGAUCUAGAACCAAGACUUUGGCGGAAGGGCAUCCGAGAAAGCUUUGAGGAUCAGAGGAAGAAAGCACUGCAGUUUGCUCAGUGGUGGAAACCAUAUGACUUCACCAAAAGUAAAAAAUGUUGACAUGUAACUCUCAUUUUUAAUUUCCUCUUCAGAUGUUUUUUUUCAGUUUAAUUUCCACUGCAUCUCACUAGACAGUCGAGCCUCAGGUCAUAGGGAAAAAAGUAACCACAGCAGGCUGCUCUGGGUCUCUGACACCCAGGCACUGUUGAAUUGUGUUGUUCUUUUCCCUCACCUUCUGUAGACUUCAUUUUAGUGACCAUAGAGUAACAGCUAAUUUACUGGAUGACCUACUCACAUUCCUGUUCUGUACCUGCUUGUUGAUGUUCUAAAUAAGUUAAUCUAGAGAAGUGUUUUCUGGAAGGAUAGCUGGGAAGCCUAGCAAAUUGGGCCUGCUUUAAGGUAGUUAAGUUUAUUGCUUGGCUUCUUUGUAUUUUUUAGAAUAAGAUUAUAUAUUCAAUAAUAAUUGAAAUUCAUUUUUAAAGAAUUGUGUACAAGAGCUCCUAAUUUUCUACCAGUAGCAUGUAAUAUCACUACUGUUUGCUCUGUUAAAGGAAAAAGAAUAUCCCAAGAAUAUUAAAGAAUUAAGUGGAAAUAAAAAUAUGACAGUCACAAUUCAAAUUUAUUUUUAUUUCUGGAGUUUUACAUAUUCUUUGAGUUUUAGUGAUUUUUAAAAACAAUUGUUCUAGGCCAGGGGUUUAGCUCAGUGGUUCUGCCACCUGCCUCACAAGCACAAGGUCUGGAGUUCGAUCCCCAGUACCAAAAAAAACAACAAACAAUUCUGCAUAACACACAGUUGUUUGGGGGUUUGUUUGAAAGUUAAAAUUUGUAGCCAAAUCAUUAUUAUUGGUUUAUAUUGAUUACUACAAAAUCUUAAAUAAUGAGAGUAUUCUAAAUGUUAGGAGCAUGUCUCUUGACCACUACUUGAUUUAUUUUCACUUUUUAAAAUUGGUUGUACAGAUUGAUAGGUUUCAUUUUGGCAGAUUUGUACAUGCACAUACUUUUCAUCUCUCCCAGCCACCCCCCUUGUCUAUUUGAUUUUAGGUACUUAAUUUUUGUUGUUUUCAAUAUUUAGUGUUGGACAAAGCCCCAUACUUACAAAAUAUGGCUAUAAUAUGAGAGUGUGCCUCUUUUUUUCUUUAUGUGGAAGAUAUGGUUGUGGUAACUCUUUUUCAACAUGUUAGUUGUUAGGAAGCUGCACAUAAAUAUUUUGUCAUGAAAUGUUGAAAGCUUAAGAGUCAGUGUGAAGGAUAUUCCAGAGUAACUCAUAACUCUAAACAUUCAUUUUUAAUAUCAGCAUCUCAUUAUAGUCUUACUGUGUUAAAAAAAGAAAUGUAUUUUUAUUUCACAAAUAAGUUAAAAUUUAAUGGGUUUUGAUUUUCAAUGUUUAAAAUGGUAUUUGAGUAUAUAUAUGUGUGUAUACAUAUAUAUCAUAUAGAAGCUUGAUAGUAUUAUUUAUUGAUGUUUUCAAACUCUUGGCUUUGUUUCAGUGUCUUAAAGGAAUCUGUAAUAUUCACUUAUUUAGUCAAUAAGUUAACAAAACAUUUGAUUGUAGAGCACUAUGUCACAUGCUGGCAGUGAAAAAAUUAAAAGUACUUUUGAUCUUAAAUAAUUUUAUAUUUUAGUAGAGAAAGACAUGUACCUAAAUAAUUAUAGCAUAAUAUCAUACAUUCUAAAUUUUUUAUUAUUACAUAUAUGUGAUACAUAAUGAAUAUAUUCUUUAGGGGGUGUUGCUACAUGUACAUAUUGCAUCUUGAUCCUUUUUCUAAUGUGAGAUAACAUACCAGGUAUAUUUGAGUAUCGUGCUGGAUUGUUUUACACCCCCUUUCUUCAUUAUGAUCUUCCCAUAUUACUGAGAGAAUAGAAGCAAACAAAAGGGAAUUUCUGCCACAUCUGUCAGUUUACCUGCAUUUAUACCCAUGUGGUCUACUUUUCCUCUUGCUAACUGUAGAUAUAUUAUUUUGUUGUUCUUAUCUCGAGCCAAUCCACUUAUUUAUGAACUGAAUUUCAUCCUUUUUUACUUACUCAGUUGCCCCCAUUAUUUUUUUCUUUCUUUUUACAAGAUUAUUAGCAUACAAAACACUCUAUUAUGUUUUCACAACAAACCCUGCAUCACAUUCCUCUGUAGCCAUUUCUCCAGUUGACAACAAAACUCAUUUUUAAUGUGUCUGUUUCCUUUCCUUCAUCUUCCUGGUCUCAGCAAUUAGACGUCAUCCUGGUACCUCCUACCACACUGUUCAGGUGAAUGUCAUCACCGACCUUUCCAUUGGCAAAUUCAGUGAUCAAUGCUCAGUGCUCAUCUUACCAAACCUGUCAACAUAUAACUGGCGUAUUUGUUCACCUCUUCUUUUUGAAAUAUUUUCCUUAAUUUGCUUGUAGAACACUGUCUUGGUCUUAGAUAACACUUAAAUUGGCUUAUUUAAAAAGUACUUGAGGGUCUUUCAGUAUGCCUGUCACUGUUUUACAUAUAGGGGAUUGUCUUAGUUACUUUUCUCUCCUUGCUAAGACAAAAUACCUGACAUUCAGAGUUAAAGAGGAAAAGGUUUAUUUGGCUUAUAGUUUGUAGAGGUUUCUGUCCAUAAUCAGCUGGCUCCAAGGCAGGGUGGCAGAGGGGCAACAGAACAGUUCAUGGCAGUGGAAGACAGCAAAAGCAACAAGGGACCUUAACAGUGUCUUUCUGCCUCUUUUAUUUUAUUCAGAACUACUUAAGGCAGGUAGCACUCACACCCUUAAUCCUAGUGCCCUCUGGCCUAGCCCCACCAUGAAUCAUUCACACACUCUCAAUUUAGCCACUUCCAAAAUAGCCUAUGACCACAUGAGGCUUUGAGGGGACAUCUAGACAAAAAUCAUAACAGGGAUACAUUAGUGAAUAAACUAAAGUCCUUGUCUCUGAGGAUUUACAUUGUAUCAGAAGACAGACAGCAAAUAGAUAAAAUAAACAAAUUUUCUAGAAAAUGCCAGAGUGCUGCAUACUGAGAAAAAGAUAAAGUAGAACAGGCCUAGAAACAUGUCUUGUAAAUGUAUAUCCUUACUCUGAACUUUGUCCCUGAAUUUGUAUAUCGAAAACCAAUUUGAUAUCUCUACUGUAUCUGUACUGCUAUCUAUAAUAGACACAUCCAAACCAA